CUGUCAACUACUCGCCUGCCUCUACUCUAGUUAGUUGUUCGUAGUCUAUAGGCUGGUUGUGUUGUACUUUACCCAUUAGCAAAUAAAGCAUGUGCCUUACGCAUCAACAGCAAGUGCCUCCGCGACAAUGUCUCUUUUAACUGCUCCGAAUUUACCGUCAUGAAUUGCUCUAAGUGCCUGGAUUAAGUGUCUAGACUGGAUAACACCCGCACCGAUUUCAAACUCAAUUACAGUUCUAUUAAAAAUUUAAAACGCGAUGAUUCGCCGGGGAAACCGCGGACUCGUGUGCCUCAGCACUGCGCUGAAAACAUGUUCUGUCAUUAAUUGAGACAUAUCCAAUUAGCUAAGAAAUUGCUAGAUGACAGCGCGGAUGACCGCUAGCGCGUUUUUGUGACAAUCAGUUGUGACACAAUUUAGUGAUGUGACUAGUGCGAUAUGCCCGAAAAGGAGGCGGAUUUUCAAGCCGCUAUGUCUGCUGGUCUACCGUUACAGUUCCCGUCGGCUUUUGCGGCUUUCCAUGCACCUCUUCCCGUUGACCAACGCACGCACGAAGGACGAUACGUUUGGGACCCAAGGAUGCAGCCUCCAGGAGCUCCUUUCCAUCAUCCCACGCCUCCAGGGGUAAGCGGAAGUCCUGGAAGUGGUCUUCAGCUCCUGGGACGGGAACUACAUCCCGCUUAUCGUCUUCCACCCCACAUGGAGUACCUCUAUUCACUGCAGCAUUCCACUGCCAACUCGAUACACGGUCUGGGACUCUCUCCUGAAUACCUCAGCGCUCGGGGAUUAUCCGAACUCCAUCCAUCUUCGGCGUUGGCCAGCAGCGAAUUUCCUUUUAGCAUAGACGGUUCACGGCUGAACAGUCCCAGGCCGGGUAGCAUAAGGCAGUCGCGAAAGCGAGCUUUAUCGUCCUCUCCUUACUCCGAUUCCUUCGACAUCAACUCGAUCAGGUACUCCCCCAACUCCUUGGUGUUGGUCAAUGGUUCGAGGUCGUCCAGUGCAAGUGGCUCUUAUGGACACUUAUCAGCUGGUGCUAUCAGCCCUGCUUUCAACAUGCACCCAGAACUGCACCUCCAGCAACUCCAAGCGCACCUCAUGAGGAGCGCAGGGUCGCUCCUCCCUCUACCCCCUGCAACUCCCACUCAUUCUAUGUACUCUCUAGGACACCACCCGCUACACGUCUCGUCACCUCACAACAUUUCCAAGACUGAUGCUCUUAACGAUAAGAAAAAAUCUGAGACUGGUACUUUAACUCAUCUAGAUUCGGACGCACAAGCGCGAAAAAUCAAAAUUAAGAAGGAACCAAGUAAUACCGGCAGUGGGACGAUUAAUGAGGGGCAAAAUGACCAAACUGAUCUCAAAGACGAACCUGGGGAUUUUAUCGAAACUAACUGUCAUUGGAAGGAUUGUGGUACUGAAUUUCAAACGCAGGAUGAGCUGGUCAAACACAUUAACAACGAUCAUAUACACGCAAAUAAAAAGUCAUUUGUGUGUCGGUGGGAUGGGUGUUCGAGGGCUGAGAAACCGUUCAAAGCGCAGUAUAUGCUCGUGGUGCAUAUGAGGAGGCACACGGGGGAAAAACCGCACAAGUGCACUUUUGAAGGUUGUGUUAAGGCUUACUCGAGGUUAGAGAAUUUGAAAACUCAUUUACGAUCUCAUACGGGGGAGAAGCCGUACACUUGUGAAUAUCCAGGCUGUUCCAAAGCAUUUAGUAAUGCUUCGGAUAGGGCAAAACACCAAAACCGCACACACAGUAAUGAGAAACCCUACGUGUGUAAGGCCCCCGGCUGUACGAAGCGAUACACCGACCCUAGUUCACUCAGGAAACACGUAAAAACAGUCCAUGGUGCUGACUUCUACGCCAACAAAAAACACAAAGGUAUCGAUGGUGGUUCCGAGGACGGUGCCGCUGGUUUAGACUCGAGCCCGCGAAGCGAAGACAUGCAAAGCCAUAAAACCGCAAGUCUGAGUAGUCCGAGUAUAAAAUCAGAGUCGGACGUCAAUUCGCCGGGACAUCAACAACAAGGGAGUCCUCUAGGUGCAACCCAGCUUGCUGGUGGCUGCAACGACGAUUUCUCUGGGGAUUUGACGACGGCUGUGCAACGGAAUGGGCCUAUGGAUGACCCCGCGUGGCCUUACGACGCCGAAGAUUUGGAGAUUGAUGAUCUUCCGGUCGUUCUGCGGGCAAUGGUCGGCGGAGGUGUAGCAGUGAGUGAGAGGAAUCCAAGGACGAGGAUGAAACCGCGACUACAGACGAAACCUCCGUCUAACAUGACGAUGUCACCUGGACAAAGGAAAAAUAUCGGAAUUACUGAUCUCAACAGAAGGAUCAAUGAUCUGAAGAUGGAAGGGAAUGUAACUGCUCAAAACAAGACUCAGUUUACCGACUUGCAACAAAGGUUGCAAUCACCGGGGAAUACUCAAGCACAAAUCAGGAGAGAUAGCAAUUCUACCGUCAGCUCGUACUAUGGAAGUAUGAGGAGUGCAGAUAUGAGCAGGAAGAGUAGUUUAGCAUCUCAGGCUUCUAGUAUGCGACCUGGUAUGGCGCCAGGGUCGUUUUAUGACCCUAUUUCGGCUGGAAGCUCGCGAAGAUCGAGUCAACUGUCAACUGCAACGACCGGUGGAACAUGUAUACCACCUUCGCCACCUUCGCAUCUACUCGCAGGUCAAUUGCAAAGGUUGCAAAAUAUGCCAAAUAAAGUCAACGGAGGCAAUGGCAAUUUGAUACUCCAGACACAAAACGCGUCUCUUCAACAAACAGCGAUACAACAAACUUGGAUGUCAAAUACUCUCACGGAAAACAUUCCACCAUCAACUACGACCGCCAGUACAGACGCACGAAGAAUGUCAGAACCUUGUCACACUCUGACAGACCGCAAGAGCCCCCCUCCACGACCUGCUUCAGUCACUUUAUCUCCCCUGAAAGGAACAGUGAGUUCAUCGGAACUUCACCCCAACCAAGCCGUGGUUUUGGAUGAAGUCGGUGAGGGAGAAAUGGUUGAAAAUAAGCUGAUGGUGAUUCCGGAUGAGAUGGUUCAUUAUUUGAACCAAGUGGCGGACAACCAAAACAAUGAUUUUAGUACGGCCAUGAGUUGGUCGGAUUCCAAUACGGCUCAGAAGCCGCUACCGAGUCCAAGUCAGACUCUACCAUCGCCGUCUAAUUUGAGUCAAAUAUUACCAUCACCUCCAUCAAAUUUGAACCAGGCCUUGCCGUCACCUCAAAGUACCAAUGCGUUGUCUCCAUCGGCGAUUAUGCCCUCGCCGGCUUCCAACAUUAACCACAUGAUGCCUUCCCCUGCUAGCAACUUCAACCAGAUUAUGCCGUCUCCUUCCUCCAAUUUCGGUACUAUCCAGAACCCGAUGUUGUCACCGGCUCCUAGUAUGAACCAGAUGGUACCUUCCCCGGUCUCGAACAUAAACCAGAUGAUUCCCUCGCCCAUGUCGGUGCGAUGUCACUCAAACCAAAUGCCUAUGCAAAGCCCUAACGCUCAAGUUGUUCCGCAAAAUUGCAACAUGAUUCAACACAACCAAAACAUGAUGCUUCACAACAACCAAAUGGUACAGAACCAAUGCUUCAACCGAACAAUGUGCUACGGCACAAGCUGGGAGAACAACCAAAGCCGCCAGUGCCACAAUCAAAACAUGAUGACGGGACAAAACGUCUGCCACUCACCAAGCGUUAAUAACGACUACAAUUGCCGGCAACAAAUGCAAGUCAAUUCGAGUUACAUGGGAAUGUCGGCAAAUUGCACGACUCACAAUUACCAGAUGUGCAGCCCCAAUGGUUACGUCCCUAAUGGGUGCCCUUCCAACAAACCCAUCAACAAUUAUCCUUGUAAUACGUACCAACCCAUCCAGAAUCCUGCCUAUAACUGUCUCCCCAGUAUGAACGAGCCGCUACCAUCGCCAGCAAUGGCCACCCCAGCACCCACUGAUCUGAUGAAUCAGCCCCAGCAGGCCCAGAUGAGCCGGCCCUGCACUUACUACAACCAGACGUGUUACCAAGCGAAUUACAAUCAAUGUAUGCAAAAUUGCAACUGCAACUGUCGAAAUCCGCCUCACAAGUGCUUCCACCAAUGCAGGAAUAACACGGAGAUUCAGUGUAAAGACAUCAGCCAGUCGCAGAUGUCACCGGGUGUCGUGAAUCCGGGACCGACAAAUGCGAAUAAUGGGACGACGGUUCAACCGUUGGGUAUGAGGCAAGAUACGUAUCAAAGGACUUUAGAGUAUGUACAGAAUUGCCAGUCUUGGGUUAGCAAUUCGGAUAUGGUCAGUAGCACCACGCACCCAUUGGCCAAGUGUGGGGAUACCACGAGUUCGAAUAUGGUUGUUAAUGACAUGACUUCGUCGCUCAGUUCCUUACUAGAAGAAAACAGGUAUCUGCAGAUGAUUCAAUAGUUCAAAAACUGUCAGCUGGUGCUGACUAUUGUUUUAGGAAUAUAAUUUUUUUUGUAAUAAGUUUAUUGUAUUGAUUCGAUUUAAUAAUGUUGUAUAAAAUGUACAUUGUGAUAUUAAACUUGUAAUUAUGACCUAGAUUUUGCGCAAUAUUUAAAUAGAAAAAAGCUUUAACGUUUGUAUAUUAACAUUUAUGUAUAAAGAUAUAAAUAUGGAUGCAAUUUAUUUAUGAUAUUAAAAGGAGAGGUCUACGAUCUCAUUUUAAAUAAGGCCAUUUACUGCCAUGUUCAUAUCAGACAAUAAGUACACAUUUUUUAUUCAAGUAAGUAUGUACAUUUCUAGACUUUAGGAGUUGUAUUUUGUAUUUGCUAUGAAGAUUAUUUAAUAAAUGAUAUGCUUAAAAA